CACUGCCGAAAUAUUUGCAAAAUUUUCCAGGAGUUUAUUUCUAUUUUAUAUUUCUCAAAAACAGUGAACUCGGUUUUGUGACUUUCUUAUAAAUCCAUAUCAUGGAUUAAAGUACGAUGUGUGUGUAGUUAAGCCGGUAUUCUACACAAAAAAUGUCUAACCAAGUAGGCCCGUUCGUGGCUGGGCUCAAGUCCCGGAAUGUAGAUCUACAAAUCAAGACAGCCCGUGAGCUGUACCACUAUGCGAAGACGGAGCUUCGCGAAGUGCCGCAGGAAGAGCUUACGCACUUCCUGGAUGAGUUCAACCACCAGAUCUUCGAGAUGGUAUCCAGCAGCGACGUCCACGAGAAGAAGGGAGGGGUGCUCGCUAUCGUAUGCCUAAUUGGAGGAGACUGUGAUACUACUAAGACAAGGAUUACCAGGUUUGCCAACUAUCUUCGUAACCUGCUCCCAUCUUCAGAUGUGGGAGUGAUGGAACUAGCGGCCAAGACUGUCGGAAGACUGGCUACUGUGUCAGGAGUAAAAAGAGCUGAGUAUGUUGAGUUUGAGGUUAAAAGAGCAUUUGAAUGGCUCUCAGAGGAAAGAAAUGAAGGCAGGAGGCACUCUGCAGUUCUACUCCUAAAAGAAAUGGCCAUUGCAAUGCCUACUUACUUCUACCAACAAGUCUCAGGAUUCUUUGACCACAUACUUGUAGCUUUAAAAGACCCUAAACCACAAAUUCGGGAGGCUGCGGCCAAAGCUUUAAGAGCAGGUUUAGUGGUUACAACUCAGAGAGAAUCUGCUAAGCAAUCUACAGCCAAACCACAAUGGUACAUGCAAUGCUAUGAAGAAGCUAUGCUCUCUUUUGAAGAGAUCCCAACCAAAGAAAAAGGUAUCACCAAAGAAGAUAGAGUUCAUGGAGGCCUACUGAUCCUUAAUGAACUCCUGAGAUGUUCUAAUGCUGCAUGGGAGAAGAAAUACACAACACAUAUGCAGAGUUUGGAUACACGGAAGGAUAAUAUCAAGUCUGAUGACAUUAUUUUUUUGAGUGCAAAGCUGCACAGUCCGUCUGUGAAGAGAGGGUAUUUGUGUGAUGGAUUUAAGACUGAAAAUGUUACAUACCCAGUUUCUAUAUAUGAAUCUGCUGUAUGCAGAGCCCUGUUAACUGAAAAAUUUGAAAGAAUAUGCCAUGAUGUAAUGGCUCAGCGCAUGCUUAAAACGCAGGGAGUACCUCAGAUAUUGCUUAUAAUAAUUCCUCGAUUGGCUGCAUUCAACAAGGAAUAUUUCUUAAAGAAGUACUUUAGUACUACCAUGAACUACUUGCUGGCAUCUCUGUCGACUCUCCGCAGUCGCGAGAGAGACAGAAACAUGGCCUUCACUACCAUUGGCCUUGUGGCUGCUGCUAUUGGUAGCGAAAUCAAAGCCUAUAUUCCCAGGAUUAUGGAUGUGAUCAAACAAGCUCUUCCUGUGAGAGACUCACAGAGUAAGAGAAGGAUGUACAUAGACCCCUCAAUCUUUGCAUGCAUUGCUUUACUGGGCAGUGCUGUGAAAGAUUUAGUAGUAAAUGACAUCAGAGAGUUACUGGAUGCCAUGUUUGCUACUGGACUCAGUCCAUCAUUGACCAUCUGUUUGAAAGAACUUAGUGAAAAUCUUCCAGUUCUCAGGGGAGAAAUAUCGGAAGGUUUGCUAAAUAUGUUGUCACUGGUACUAAGAAAUAAGCCCUUCUUACAUCCAGGCAUACCAAGAAGCCUGGAACAGCAGAUGAGCACCAUGAGUAUGGGCACGGAACCUCAGGACACUGCUAGCAUUGUUCUUGCUUUGAGAACACUCGGCACAUUUCAAUUUGAGGGACAACAUAGUUUAUUGACAUUUGUGAGGCGCUGUGCUGAUCAUUUUCUUCAAAGUGAUCAGCAAGAAGUCAGAUUGGAAGCAGUCAAAACUGCCGCAAAACUGCUUGCCGAUGCAACAGUGAGAAAUUUGAAAACACCAUCACGCACACUUACUAUACUUACUGCCGAAGUUGUAGGGAAGUUGCUAGUAGUAUCAGUGACAGAUCCAGAUUAUGAAGUGCGUUAUUGGGUCCUGGAAUCACUGAAUGAAAUUUUCGACUCUCACUUGGCUCAAAUAGAAAAUCUGAAUUUCUUAUUCAUUGCUAUGAAUGAUGAACAACUGGAGAUACGAGAGCUAGCUAUCUGCUCCGUAGGGCGGCUAAGCACGGUCAACCCUGCUUACGUGAUGCCUGGACUGAGAAAGACUUUGAUACAGUUUCUCACUGAGCUGGAACACUCAGGUAUGAGCAGGAACAAAGAGCAGGCAGCUAGAAUGUUAGGCAACCUGAUCAGGCAUGCUCCAAGGCUCGUAAGGCCCUAUAUGGAAACAAUCCUUAAUGUUCUUGUGCCCAAAUUAAAGGAAUCUGAAGCAAAUCCCGGAGUCGUAAUCAGCGUACUGAAGGCUGUUGGAGAUUUGGCAGAUGUCAAUGGAGACAAUAGCGGACUUAAGAAAUGCUUGCCAGAGCUUUUAGCUAUCCUCCUGGAACUGCUAUCUGAUGCUAGCGCUACUGAUAAGAGAAGCGUCGCCCUUUGGGCUUUUGGCCAACUAAUCAGUGCUACUGGAUAUGUCGUAGUUCCAUACACAGAAUAUCCAAAUCUCAUGGAUGUCCUUUUAAACUUUUUGAAAACGGAGCAGCAACCAAAAGACAGGAGAGAAACUAUUCGCGUCCUAGGACUACUGGGUGCUUUAGACCCGUACAAGCAUAAACUGACACGAGGCUUAAUCAAUGGACAGCCAGACUCUAGUCUAGUUCCCGUAGCCGAUAGCAAGGCUGACGAGAAUAAUUUCGACAUGACAACUAGUGAAAUGCUUGUGAACAUGUCCUCGCCUGUACUUGACGAGUAUUACCCCGCUAUUGUGAUAUCAACCUUAAUGAGAAUCCUUCGUGAUCCAACGCUACAACAGCACCAUACUAGUGUCGUUCAAGCAGUGACUUUCAUCUUCGAAUCACUGGGUAUAAAGUGCGUUCCAUACAUAUCGCGCGUCACGCCAAGUUUGCUCUACGUCGCUCGAGCGGCGGAUACGAAUUUCCGGGAGUUCCUGUUCACUCAACUAGCGAGACUUAUCGCUAUCGUCAAGCAACACAUUCGCAAUUAUUUGGACAAAAUCUUUGACCUGAUCAAGGAAUUCUGGACUCCUAACAGUCCAUUGCAACCAACACUUAUAUUGCUGGUGGAACAUAUAGCUGUAGCACUCGGAUCUGAAUUCAAAGUCUACCUGCCUCAGUUGAUGCCUCAAAUCCUACGUGUUUUGGCUCACGACACAAGCAAGGAUAGAAUGGUUACUGAGAAACUGUUGUUUGCAUUGCAGAAGUUCGAAGACAACUUAGACGAUUACAUGCAUCUAGUCAUUCCAUCAAUUGUGAAACUUUUUGACGCGACAGAUUGUCCUAUUUCAGUCGCAAAAGUAGCCAUGGAGACAGUGGAUUAUCUCUCAGAUUCUUUGAACUAUAAUGAGUUGGUGUCAAGGAUUAUCCAUCCCUUAGUGAGAAGCAUGGAUAUCUGCGCUCCGCUACGGCCUACUGCUAUGGACACGCUUUGCGCUCUAAUAGUGCAACUAGGCCGAAAGUACUUAGAUUUUAUACCGCUUGUGCAGAAGAUAGUGACUAAGCAUAGAAUACAGCAUCAGAACUAUGAGCUCUUGAUGUCGAAGCUGCAGUCAAAUUCCUCAUUGACCGUUGACGAGUUCUUGCAGAGUACCAGAAGGAAGCCAAGGAAUAAUAAUCAAGAGGCGCGUAUCGUGGUGUGCGAUACAUCAUCGUCUAUCCGCAAGCUAUUCGUGAACGCUCACAACUUGAAGCUGGCGUGGACCGUGAGCAGCCGCGUGUCCAAAGACGACUGGCUGGAGUGGCUCCGGCGGUUUAGUAUAGGCCUGCUCACCGAGUCCCACAGCCCCGCGCUCAGGGCGUGCCUGGCGCUAGCACACAACUACUCGCAGCUGCUGCGCGACCUGUUCAACGCGGCCUUCGUGUCCUGCUGGACGGAGCUGGAGGCGCCGGCGCGCGCCGAGCUGCAGCGCGCGCUGGAGCAGGCGCUCACGGCGCCCGACGCUCCAGAAUUGGCGCACACCGUAUUGAAUCUGGCCGAAUUUAUGGAGCACUGCGACGCAGGCGCACUACCCAUAUCCACGCACGUGCUCGGGGAGAGGGCCAUGCAUUGCCGCGCCUACGCAAAAGCCCUGCACUAUAAGGAGGAAGAGUUCCGCAGCGGCGCAACAUCCCAAGUGGUAGAAGCGCUGAUCCACAUCAACAAUAAACUACAACAGAAAGAGGCGGCCGAGGGCCUCCUCGAGCGAGUGAUGGCGAAGCGCGAGGACGGCGACACGCGCCUGCAGGUCCAAGUGCGCUGGUACGAGAAGCUGCACAACUGGGAGAAGGCCUUAAACCUCUACGGAGAGAAACUCUCCCACGACGCCAACGAUAUGGAUGCGUACCUCGGCGAACUGCGCUGCUUCGAGGCUCUAGGAGAAUGGGUCAAACUAUACAACACCGUCUCUAAGAGGUGGCCUCAAAUGAGCAAUGAUGAUAAGUUCAAAGCUGCGAGACUGGCCGCAGCCGCCGCUUGGGGACUUAACGAGUGGGACUCUAUGGCUAAAUAUGUCAGUUUCCUCCCAGAAAAUACUCAAGAUGGAGCUUUUUACAGAGCGGUACUCGCCAUACAUGACGGCGAAUUUGAUAUCUCCAAACAGUUCAUAGAUCAAGCCAGAACUUUACUUGAUUCAGAACUGACGGCCGUCGCAGGGGAAAGCUACCAGAGAGCCUACGGGGCGCUGGUCAACGCGCAACUCCUGGCUGAAUUAGAAGAAGUUAUUACUUACAAGCUGAUAAAUGAGAGAAGAGACACGAUUCGACAAGCGUGGUGGACGAGAUUACAAGGCGGACAGAGGCUAGUCGAAGACUGGAGGAAGAUCCUGCAAGUACGCGGCUUGGUUUUAACGCCUCAUGAAGACAUGGCUACCUGGCUGAAGUUCGCCUCACUAUGCCGUAAGAGCGGUGCUCCUAGACAAGCGCAUAGGACUCUAGUCAUGUUGUUAGGAACAGACCCAAGUAAGAACACAGAAAUGCCGCUCCCUACCCACGAACCCCGCCUCACGCUCGCUUACGCUAAGCAUCUCUGGGUAGCCGGCGACAAGCAACUAGCCUACAACCAGUUACAACGCUACGUGGAAUCCGCUGAAUCCGGAGACCCCGACAACAGUCGGCUUCUCGCCCGAUGCCAUUUGAAACUAGGAGGCUGGUGCGAAUCUCUACUAGGCAUCAAUGAGACAUCCAUCCCAGAAAUCCUUAGGAAUUACUCCUCAGCGACACAGUUGUCUCCUGACUGGUACAAAGCCUGGCACGCUUGGGCUUACAUGAAUUUCGAAAGCGUUCUCUUCCACAAACACCAAGAUCCUAACCCUGAAAACGCUCAAAGUGUUGACAAGAAAGACCCAGAAUUCGUCGAACAAUAUACAGUACCAGCCGUGGACGGGUUCUUUAAAUCUAUCAAUCUUUCUCACGGAAGCUCUCUACAGGACACGCUCAGAUUGCUUACUCUAUGGUUUGACUACGGUCACCACCCGGCCGUCCAUGAGGCUCUUGUCGAUGGUAUUCGAACCAUCGAAAUAAACGUAUGGCUGCAAGUGAUACCUCAGUUGAUCGCCAGAAUCGAUACGCCUCGCGCUUUAGUCGGAAAGUUGAUUCAUUCUUUGCUAAUCGAUAUUGGAAAAUCGCAUCCGCAAGCGUUAGUCUAUCCUUUGACGGUAGCAUCUAAAUCUUCCUUCAUAGCUCGGAAGAACGCUGCAAACCAGAUUUUAAAAUCCAUGUGCACUCAUUCCAGUAACUUGGUGAACCAGGCAGCUAUGAUAUCUGAGGAGUUGAUUAGGGUAGCUAUUCUGUGGCACGAGCAAUGGCACGAAGCUUUGGAAGAAGCUUCUAGACUGUACUUCAGUGAGCACGAUGUUAAAGCCAUGUUUAAGACGCUGGAGCCUUUGCACGCUAUGUUGGAGCGAGGAGCGCAGACCACGAAGGAGGUGUCCUUCACGCAGGCUUAUGGAAGAGACUUGAACGAGGCGCAGGAAUGGUGCAAUAGGUUCAAGGAAACAAACGCGGUCCGCGACCUGAACCAAGCGUGGGACCUGUACUACCACGUGUUCCGCCGCAUCAGCCGGCAGCUGCCGCAGCUGACGUCGCUGGAGCUGCAGUACGUCAGCCCGCGCCUGCUCAACUGCCGGGACCUGGAGCUGGCCGUGCCGGGCUCGUACGUGCCCGACCUGCCGCUCAUCCGCAUCGCGCACAUACAGAGCAGCCUGCAGGUCAUAACUUCCAAGCAGCGUCCGCGGCGCCUCUGCGUGCGCGGCUCCAACGGCAAAGACUACAUGUUCCUACUGAAGGGCCACGAGGACCUGCGGCAAGACGAGCGCGUCAUGCAGCUGUUCGGGCUCGUCAACACCUUGCUGCAGGCCGACCCGCACACCUUCCGCCGCGACCUCAACAUACAGAGAUACGCCGUGAUCCCACUGUCGACUAACUCCGGUCUCAUAGGCUGGGUGCCUCACUGCGAUACCCUACACUCGCUCAUCCGCGACUACCGCGAGAAGAGAAAGUGCCUUCUCAACAUCGAGCACAGGAUCAUGCAGCGUAUGGCCUCGGACUUGGAGAAACUGAUGCUCAUGCAGAAGGUGGAAGUGUUCGAGCACGCCCUGGAGCACACGGCGGGCGACGACCUCGCCAAGCUGUUGUGGCUGAAGAGCCCCUCGUCUGAAGUGUGGUUCGAGCGCCGCACCAACUACACCCGCUCGCUCGCCGUCAUGAGCAUGGUGGGCUACAUCCUCGGGCUGGGCGACCGGCACCCGUCCAACAUCAUGCUGGACCGUGUCACGGGCAAGUUCCUGCACAUCGACUUCGGCGACUGCUUCGAAGUGGCCGUCACCAGGGACAAGUUCCCAGAGAAGAUCCCCUUCCGGCUCACCAGGAUGCUCAUCAACGCCAUGGAGGUAACCGGCAUCGAAGGCACCUACCGCCGCACCUGCGAGUCGGUGAUGGAGGUGCUCCACCGGCACAAGGACAGCGUGAUGGCCGUGCUGGAAGCCUUCGUGUACGACCCGCUGCUCAACUGGCGGCUCAUCGACGCCGGCCGCCGCUCGCGCGCCGACGACACGCAGGACUCCGGCUCGCCGCUGCCCAGCCGCAGCCGCAUCGCUGCCGGCCUGAACGAAGCUUUGGACCAACCGGCCGAAACUAACUUAAACAAACGAGCGCUCGGUAUAGUCAACCGCGUCCGCGACAAGCUCACCGGACGAGAUUUCCCGCACAUAGAUGAAACGGUCUCGGUGCAGAAGCAGGUCGAACUGCUGAUUCAACAGGCGACGAGCAAUGAGAACCUUUGUCAGUGUUAUAUUGGGUGGUGUCCGUUUUGGUAAAGCCUAUUGUGCCUGGAAAUUGUUAAUCUCUAUUAGCUAAGCUUUAAGAAGUUAUAGAAUCGACACGCUUCCGUUUUCCUAUCACAUUCGCUGCCAAGAACCCGCUAGGUAAGCUAGAUAUUGAAUAGAAAAAAAUUAAAAUCGAUUUUGAGGUUAAACCCUCUCGCUGAUUCCUGACGUUUAUAGGUACUUUAUAAACAACUAGCUAAGCUAGCUAUGUUUUUAUUAUAGGACAAUUUCGAUCGAUCUAGUCCCACAGUAAACUCAAUAAGACUUUUGCUGUCAUAGAAUACAUCCAUAACUCUGGAACAAAUAUUUGUGAUGAACACACAAAUAAAUGCCCUUACCAGGACUCGAACCCGGGACCUCCUGCUUCGUAGGCAGGGUCACUACCGACUAGGCUAGGCGGCCGUUAAAAUGUUAAUACUAACUUUUAUGAUUGUAUUGUUUUAUUAUUUUGGUAUACAACAUAAAACAUUGCACUGGAUGUAUAUAACGUAUAAGCCUAAUCAUAAGAUAUAAGUGACUAAUGAACCAUACUAUACUUUCUCGGAAUCUAUCUCUUUCGCACUUGCACGGUCUUAUGUAGUCAGACUCGCAACAGUGGUACACGUAAUAUUACGUGAUUUACGCGUAUAAGGUACGGUACCUGAGUCAACUGACGAUAUUAUAAGUAAUCAUAGUUAUAAUAGGUUCCUUUAUUUCGGUCUUGAAGUCAUUUAUUAAUGUGUAAGUUAUGCUACUAUUCUAGAUUUGUAUGUUGUAACUAACAGUUUAUACUAUAGAUGUGCCUAUACCAAUGGUUGCCAUUUCAUGUCUAGGUUAAGGUUAAACUAUUUAAGCCAAAGCUUUGUUAAUUCUCAUAUAAUCUCACAAAUGUCGGUCCCUUGAACAAUUAACGUUAAUAACAAAAUGUAAAAAAAGAAUACGUGACUCAGUCAAUCAGCCACUGACAUAAUUAUAUAGAUACAAAAUGUACAGUGGAGUUCAAAAAUAUCUUUACAAGCCACCGUUCCAAUAAUAUAAUUACACGCCUCUACGACACUGACAAUAAGGUGGUGUAUAAAUAUUUAUGGAACAUUGGAUUGUAAAGAUGUUUGUGAAGUCAACAGUACCAUAGAGAAAUAUAAGUAAGACAAGAGUGCUCACUCAACAUCAGUUUUGGCACCAAAAAUAUUAGUAUUUUCAUAGUCGACAUCUAGCAUCGAGUAGCGGAAUUAUCAGCACUUUAAGUAGCAGUAGUAGUACUGUCAAGUGACAAUAGAUGUAGCACCGACCAGAAACUCUAAUCUCAACAACAUAAGACUUUCCGGUCGGUGCUACACACAGACAAAACAUCCUCCAGACUGAGCAUAGUCGCCCUCUGCCACGCAUACGGUAAAUUUACUCCAUGUUCGAGUCGAAAUGAGAUGUCGACUAUGAAAAUACUAAUAUUUUUUUGUGCCAAAACUGAUGUAUGGAGUGAGCACUCUUGUCUUACUUAUAUUUCUCUAUGACAGUACCUUAUUCACCGAACGACAAAAUCACGAGUUUUUUUGACAUUGUUUUAUAAGCAAUCAGUGGCGCCCAAAUGGUUUUCGACGAAUAAUCAUUUUAGGAGAGUUUCUUUUAGUUUUUGCCAUUUUUAUAUAUUGUGACCUUUUUUGCCACUUUUGUGUUAUUUCUAGUCAGGAUCGCAAGCCCUUUUCAUCCUUAUAAGAGAAAAAAAGUGUCCUAAAAUUUCCAUACAUCUUUCCUUUUUGUUACCGCCAUACAAAGUAUAUGGGGAAAUGGUAACACAAUAGGAAAAAAUCUCUGGGACAUUUUUUUAUCCCAUUAGGAUCGAAAGAGCUCGUGAUUCUGAGUAGAAAUAACACAAAAGUGGCAAAAAAGGUCACAAUAUAUAAAAAUGGCAAAAAAUAAAAGAAACGCUCUUAGAUGGCGAUGAUGAUGUCUUAAUGUGGACCACUGUUGAGUCACUCUAGGAUAUAUAUACCAGAACAGCCAAGGUUCUCAAAUAUGGCUGAGCAUGUACUCUAACGCCAUGACAAUAGAGUCGAGUUCAGAUAUUUUUAAGCGCCUCGGCCGCUCUGAUAUAUCUGACGGCGAUUGUACCUAUUUGGAGAACGCGUCACAUGCGUUGCGAGUAGGCAGGCACUGCCUACAUCGCUGCUGUAAAACAUAAUAUUUAGUACCUCUUUUUUACAAUUUUCUAUGCAUUUUUCUAAGAGCCAUAAAGUUAAUCGUUAGUUUAGAAUUAAGUGCAGCAUCGUAUCGUGUAAAUAUUGUUAGAUAAUCAUUAUCAUUAUUCAUUAUGAACUGUAUGUAUAGAGGUAUCUAUAGAAACGAACAUUCUCUAUAAUCUGUAGGUAGUCUUUAGGUAUUUAAAUAAAAGUAAACAAAUUCUACCCUCAAACGGCUCCUUAAGCUAGUUGAGGGUAGAUGAAAACAUUACACGAUCAAAUAAUGUAGGUUAAAGUCAGGUCGUUAAGCGACUGAUCCAGGCGGUUUUGUAUUUGGUCGGUUAACCAAUAAAUGUUAUAACUACCCGAAAUAGUACAAGUUGUUUGUUUACUUUUAUUUAAAUACCUAAAGAUACAGACUAUAGUUAAGUUAUUUUGACAGCUGAAGUAGAUGGCGCCGCACGGUCCCAUAUAUUUUGGUGCCUGUGUGUUGUCAGGCGGUAACUCGUGUGUAUAAAUCGUAUGCAUCUGUUGUGAUAUUACAUAGUUAAUAUGUAAAUUGGGAUAUAAGUAUAAUAAAU